AUGACUGAGGUAUUGUUCCUGCUUUCUGAUGCUGUCCACCUUUACCUAGGCUACGUUCUACCGGCGGCUAUUAUGCCGUUCGAAUUUGAUACCGCCAUGGGUGGCGGCAAUGCAGCUGCUGUUGAUAAUCUAUUGGAUAAAACCAAAAACAUAACAACAACAAAGAAACAGUUUGAGCGGCUGGUGCAGCUUUUGGAGAAGAACCCCGACAUCGCAAAAGGAUUUAUACGUGGUAACUCCGGACCAUUUUGGAACGAUUGUGCUGCUGAAUUAAACAGUUUGGGACCACCCAUCCGUGACGGGUCUGGAUGGAAAAAGGUGUGGGCGGAUUAUAAAUCAGCGUUGAAGCGCAAACUCUCUCACAACAAAAGAGAGCAAAGGGCAACUGGAGGAGGACCCAACAGAACGAUACAUUUGUCUGAGCUAGAGGAGCAAGCGGUUCAGCUAACUGGACUGUUGGAAACCGUAGAAGGAAUACCAGGUUGUUCUUCACAAGGAACACCUAAGGGAAAAAACAACGAGGUUAAUGCAGAUGUAAGUUGCGAUUCAAUUGACGAGUCCGACGAUGCGAAUGAUAUGGCUAUUCCUCAAUGCUCCCAACCAAAUAGACCUAGGCUAUCUGCCCUCAAUUUAGUUCAAAUACAAAUUGAACUACAACAGAAAUUUCACUCGGAAAUGGAAUCGCUGUUGGGUACCUCAAACAAAAACCUCAAUGAUAUGGUACAUUACCAACGCCAAUUCGCCAAAGCAAUCAACUCAAUAGAUACUGGUCUCAAAGAAAUGUUAAAAGAACAAAAUCGACAUAACCGCGAAAUGGAAAAAAUCGCUCGAGAGAAGCUGGAGGUUAAAAAAUGA